AUCAGUAGACCAACAUGCCAUUCCAAAAGAACCAGUUGCUCACCGCCAUCCUCCUCAUCUCAACUGCAUCCGCUCGCUCGAUCGGUUCGUUAGAAGGUAGGGCAAUUGACGGGCAGAGAAACCUCCACCUCUUCGGGCGCGCGGAACCUCCUGUUGUUCCACCCAAACAAGACGGCGUUCAAACUGCACCCAACCCAAAAUCACCCUCGCCUCCUCCGAUCCGUCCAACGCCCGCCCCGAGCCCACCAUCACCCGCGCCAGGAGGACCACCACCGCCUACCCCGAACCCACCAUCAACCGCACCAGCAGGACCACCACCACCUACCCCGAACCCAGCCGCUAAACCUCCAACAAACGGACCCGAACCAAAGCUACCUCCAGGGAAAGAAGCCCAGGACCCGAAAAAGCCAGCACCCGGACCUGAGCCAAAAUUACCACCACCAGGAAAAGAAGCUCAAGAUCCGGAACUUGGUGCUGGCGCUGGGCCUGAUGCUGGAAAGAACAAGCCACCAGCCGACGAGCCCACAAAACCUGCUAAUCCAACACCCACGACUGAAGAACAGAGACAUAAGAAGAUAGAAUCAGCUAUUGCGAAAUCUAAAAAGAGAGUCGAGACUUGGAAGAUGAAGACCGAGAAAGAACAAGCUAAGAUCGACCGACUGACUGCUAAGCUUGCCGAGAAGUCAAAGAAGGCAGCUGAUCCUAAACCAAAGGACCCUAAGCCUGCCGACCCUAAGACCGGCACCAGCAAGCCCGCCGACGGGAAGGCCCCAGCUGACAAGCCUACCGACGGAAAACCUGCAGCUGACAAGCCUGCCGACGGGAAACAAGCCGGUGACAAGCCUGUUGGUGACAAGCCUGUUGAUGAGAAGCCUGUCGACGAAAAGCCUGUCGGUGACAAGCCUGCCGAGGGCAAACCUGCCGGUGACAAGCCCGCCGAAGGCAAGCCCGCCGAAGGCAAGCCUGCUGAGGAUAAGCCCGCCGAGGGGAAGCCUGCCGAGGGCAAGCCCGCCGACGGCAACCCUGCCGCUGGAAAAGCCGGAGACAAGCCUGCUGAUGGAACACCCGGAGACAAACCUGCCGACGGAAAACCUGUCAGUGAGAAGGCCAUCAAUGAGAAGCCCGCCGAGGGUAAGCCUGCCGAUGGGAAUGCUGCCGACGGAAAACCAUCUGCCGGUGAGAAACCUGCCGACGAAAAACCCACCGGUGAAAAGCCCGCCGAUGGGAAGUCUCCCGAAGCAAACCCACCUGCCGGUGAGAAGCCUGCCGACGAAAAACCGACAGGUGAGAAGCCCGCCGAUGAGAAGCCUGCCGAAGGCAACCCACCUGCCAGCGAGAAGCCUGCCGACCAAAAAACGGCAGGUGACAAGCCUGCCGACGUGAACCCCGCCGGUGAGACACCCGCGGACGCCGGGGCCGGAAGCGCCACAGGACAGGCUUAACUGGCCAACGACCACUCUGCCUAAUCAGAUUGCCCUUGGUUUCAACCUCCCCCCACGCGCACUGGCUUCGACUUCUGAUCUCUAUCUCUUCCCUUCCUCUCAAUCCUAGACACUACCUUUUUCGCGCGUUCUUGUACCCGUCGUUCUUGCUCCUGACCAUUCACAUUAUCGUCGUCUUGUUUUAUUCUACAUAUUCCAUUCUAUGAAAAGCCCUUUGAUAGGCCAUCUCCCAUCAUCAUGUAUCGACAGACAAACAUAAGUAUCUGUAUAAGUAUCUCUUAACAAGUCCCUGUGUUCUAUGAAUUCGAGCUCUUGUGUCUGUGUUUUCUAGACAUUCUCUAUUCUGUGUUUGCUGAUGUUGAAAUGUAUGAUCAUCGUCCUCGUUCCCUUACAACAAAACAGCUCUUUUCUUGUACAUACUGCGCGAAGCUCGUCGAUUGAAUUUCAAUUGGACUCAACACAUUCAUGCUAAUAACGAG